UCUAUUUUCCAUUAUCUAAAAAAAAGAGUUUUUCUUCUUUUUUGCGCCAAGAACUGAUCAGUCAAAUUUGUAACUCGCACCACUAUUGUUUUCCUUUUUAUUAGAAGAAAAGGAAUCUCUAUUUUUGUAUCACCACUUGAGCAGCCUCGGUUGAAUAGGAUAACCCCCUCGGCUUGGCGAGAGCAGAGCACCGUUCCAACAUCUAGAUCAACCUUGGCGAUUUUGUCCAGGCGACGUGCCGUUUAUUCCUACAAACCCAAAGAAAAAAAAAGAUCAAUUAAAACAAGACGGCCAUUUGCUUGCUGUUAUCGUCUCCAUCGACCGAUCCUUGGUAAACACCAACGCUUUCGGGAAGCAGAGGGAAUCGAUCCAUGGUGGAGGGACACGUGGCCGUGAUAUGCGUCGCAGUGGCCGCGCUCGCCCUCGCCGCCGCGGCGCUCGGGAUCGUCGGCGAGGCGAGCAAGUCCAAGUCCUUUGUCAGGUACGACGGGGCGAACUGCGUGUACCGGAGGACGCCAGCGUUCGGCUGCGGCGUCGCGGCGGCAGCCUCACUGCUGACCGGCCAGGUCGUCCUCACCGCCGCCGCCGGCUGCUGGGACCGCUGCAGGACGCGGUCCGACCACCGCCGCCUCGGGGCGGUCUUCUUAUCUGUGCUCUCAUGGUUUCUGGCGAUACUGGCGGCGUGCGCAUUCGUCGUGGGUGCUUUCAAGAACCAGACGGCGGAGCGACGGCCGAAGGAGGACGUCGCCACCUACUACAGGUGCACCGUCCUGGUGGCCGGAGUGUUCGUCGGGGGCUCAUUCUUCUCCGUCGCCGCGGCGGCCGUUGGGAUCGCCUCUUACGUUGCCCUUGAAAAGGCGGCAAGUGCCGCGCCGCCGCAGCCACCCGUGUGGUGGGGAGAACUCCGGCAGGAUAUCGUGGCGGGGCAGACGUAGCUCGGGCCUCGUCAACUUUGCACGGCGGCUUCUGCUGCGUCUGGAUCAACCAAGGACGAUGCUGGAACAAUUUGUUCAAGACAACUUUAAUUAAUACUUUUAUAGCAUAUUUUAUAUCUAAAAAACGUGGCUUCCUUCGCACAAGAGCCAUUCCACGUCAUAUAAUAAACACAGGCCGUCCGAUUUGGACACUAUAAAAAAUUGUUUAUCAGAUCCCCUCUAUGCAAUAUUUUGAUUGAGGUCCUUCUAGAAAACUUUUUGUAGCCUUACAAUCAGGUCCUCACCAUCUAUCUCUUCCUUAUGUGCCUUCGUCUAUGUAGCAAUGAGAUUAACGAUUAGAGG